CUACUACAUGCUAAUAUUAUCUUGGUACCUUAAUGUGUUUGUUAUCACAAUAAAGCUGCAAGAAGACCGAGCAAAACAUUAUAGACUUUAAGUAAAUUAAACACCAUUUUGAGUGGUAGAUUGAAUAUCAGUGGAAUUAUUUUCGAUUCAAGUUUUCUCCAUUAAUAUGACAUAACAAGUUUUGCAGGUCAAUGAGUUUAUCUGAAACAAGAUGUAAAUCGUUUGAAUUGAGCAACUGCAAUUUCUUUUUACAUCAUUCACUGACAAAGAUAUUUGUGUACCGUUUCGUGGGUUAUUUUCGUUCAGGAAUAGUGCAUUUUGCUGAAUUAUUAUGACUUUAAGCUACCUAAACAAUUUUCUUUCUAUUGGAUGCCUGGUACAUGCGGAUUGACCCAAUGAAAUCAACCGAAAGUGCAAAUAAUAAUGCCUCCUUAGUCAUUUGAAUAGACCACAACAUUGAAAUCCGAUAUUAGUUAUUCUUUGGCUGUUCAGCGUCUACUGUUCUGGUUGAAGUUACGCGAAAGAUAAUUCACACGAAGCCAACGCAGUAUGACCAACAGUGUUAGUAGUCAGUCGAAACAUUUUGGUGAUAUGAUUAGAAACAUGCUAGGAUCAGCAGACCAGCAGCAAUCUGUUCCGGACAUUGGAGUCAACGGCAAUAAUAAUAUUAAGACCUUCGUUAAUAACAACAAUGCUACAGACAAUAGGAACUAUAAUGUGAAUAGUCAUCAAACCAAAAAUGCUGCGUCAUAUUGUUUAACAUUGCAGAACAGCAUAAACUUGUACAAUUUCUAUGCUAACAAUGAUAAGCGUGACGCAACCAAAGAAGAAAGUGCAACGAGCAGUAGUACUGCUGACCAAAAAGACAUUGUAGAUAAACCAGAAGAAAAGUCAACUGUAGCUUCAACUAUACUUAGUACAAACGAUCACAGUAACAAAAAUGACCUUCAAUAUCAACACCACAACUAUUCCAAAUCAUAUGAUAGUCAACCGGGUUGUAAACUAGAAUUCUCAUAUGAUGAUCCUGCUGAUAGUGAUGAUCAUGCCGAUUCCUUGAAUGAUAGUGUUUCUUUAGCAAAACAACAAUCGUCAGAAAACAUCGUCAGACAAGAGAAUGUAAGUCCUACCACCCCAGACCAUCACGCUCGACGACCUAUGAAUGCUUUCCUGAUAUUUUGCAAGCGCCAUAGAACCAUAGUAAGGGACCGACAUCCCAAUUUGGAAAACAGGUCGAUUACCAAAAUCCUUGGUGAUUGGUGGGCGAAUUUGGAAAAAGAACAAAAAUCAAGUUACACAAAUCUCGCAAAGCAGUACAAAGAUGCCUUCUUUACUGCUCACCCGAACUUCAAGUGGUAUAAGCUACCAGCUCCACCGCUACGUCCUCAAUGUAUGCGACCGGUAAAGACCGAAUCUGCCGGUUUAAGCUCCGAUUACGAAUAUUACAAUGGAGCUUUGUACGAAACAGUCCAAUCAAAGUGUGAAGUGGAACUCGAUACGGAACAACGCACAACCAUCACCACCAGUGAGUUUAUUACCGCCGACAGUGAUUUAUCAUACGAAGAACCAAAACCUGAGUUGAGUCCAAAUCAGGAGGAAUUGGAAAUGGGUGUCUUCAAGUUAGCAGAUGAAGCACACAUGGGAAGUUUGAAUAGCCUUAUGACAGAUUCAUACGAAGGAAAGACAAAUCAAAACGAUUGCAUGAGCACUGACCACUAUGAGGUCAAACCGGAGAGAACAUUACUAGAUCCUAAUUCAACUGAACCUAGAAUGCUGAUAGAACCAUGCAUCAACAUGAAAAAUCAUUUUUAUUCCAAACGUCCGAACGAUGCAAAUCGUGAGUUGAGUGCCUACGAUAGUAAACGGUUUAAGAGAGCUUUUGAUUCUAUGCACUACGAAUACUACGAUGAGGAUUAUACAAGAAAGACUGCGCGCGCAUGCAAAGGAAAACGAUAUAAGGAAUUCAUGACACUAACGAGACUGAGCUCGGCUUCAAAAAAGGCUUCUAAAAGCGCAACUGUCGUUCGAGAAGAACCACUGGCUGUGGCUACAGUGGCAGCAGAAACAGCUUCUAUUAUUCCGGAGCAAGCUGCUUAUGAUCCGGCACAUAAACUAAAUGCCUUGAUGGACCAAAACCACACCGGAAACGAUACGUACGAAGAAACGAGCGUUGUAGUCAAAAACGAGCCCAACCAGCAUUUUGAUGCUUCGGAUUUUGAUUUAGACAAAAAAAUCAAUGAAUUACCAUGCCUGGAUCUUGAUGAAUAUCUGACAAAAAAGAAGGACACCAAGAAGAAAAAGAAAAUCAAAGGUAAAUUUAAGUCAUCGGUCAAGCCUCGCGUUACCGCCGUUGAACAGAAGGAGAAAAUCGUUGGAAGCCGUAAGCGGAAGGCCCGCAAAGAAAGCAUCACUCGCCGGGAUGUAAGCUUAACGGAAAAUAUGGUGCCUGAGGCUGACGAUCUGUUCGCGCUUGCAACAUUAGCGGAAGUGGCCGCUAACGAAAAUCACAUCGGUGAAAAAACCAUCUAAGUCAGAAUGGUCCAUUUUGCGCGGUCGGUAAUGGUGAUAUGGCCGGCAAAGACCGAACAGCCAGUGUAAUGAUAGAUACCUACUGUUUAACGUGAAUACAGAAAUUAUUUUCAAAUAUUUGCUACAAGCAUUAGCGCCGUUCGCGUUCAACGCAAACAAAAUCCUAGUAAAAAGAUAGAAGAGAUAGAAACGAUCACAUCGUUGAUAUAUUUUUAGAUUUAAAUAUCGUUGAUCUGUUUUGAUUUUAAUUUUUGCUGAAUGCCGAAGAUGUACCACAAACGAGUCUAAAGUGCUUGAUUCCUUGUUAUUCAUAUUUCAUAUAAAAAAGUUGUUGCAUAUUGAAAAAUAAUCCUUUAUUUUCACAAUAGUAUUGUCUUGAAAGUAACGAGCUAUAGAUAUUCCCUCAUUUAUUUAUAUAGAUAAGUUUAAGACAUGUUUGGAUUACUGUCGCUGUAUUCAAUAAGAAUAUAAUUUCUACAGAUGUCCACCACAAGGAGAUACUGUGGAAAUGUCUAUAAAAUAAAGAAUUUAAAUUUCUGCCUUUUCUUACGUUCGAAAAGUUGAUUAUUAUAUGUGCUUAUGUUUAAUUCAAUGAAAAUUAUCUGGUUUUAUUCUAAUAAAUUGUUCGAAAUA